GCCCUGGACGGGGCCAAAGCGGACGGGCUGGGCGGCAAGGGCGAGCCGGGCGGCGGGCCCGGGGAGCUGGCGCCCGUCGGGCCGGACGAGAAGGAGAAGGGCGCCGGCGCCGGGGGGGAGGAGAAGAAGGGGGCGGGCGAGGGCGGCAAGGACGGGGAGGGGGGCAAGGAGGGCGAGAAGAAGAACGGCAAGUACGAGAAGCCGCCGUUCAGCUAUAACGCGCUCAUCAUGAUGGCCAUCCGGCAGAGCCCGGAGAAGCGGCUCACGCUCAACGGUAUCUACGAGUUCAUCAUGAAGAACUUCCCCUACUACCGCGAGAACAAGCAGGGCUGGCAGAACUCCAUCCGCCACAACCUGUCCCUCAACAAGUGCUUCGUGAAGGUGCCCCGCCACUACGACGACCCGGGCAAGGGCAACUACUGGAUGCUGGACCCGUCGAGCGACGACGUGUUCAUCGGCGGCACCACCGGCAAGCUGCGGCGCCGCUCCACCACGUCGCGGGCCAAGCUGGCCUUCAAACGCGGGGCGCGCCUCACCUCCACCGGCCUCACCUUCAUGGACCGCGCCGGCUCCCUCUACUGGCCCAUGUCGCCCUUCCUGUCCCUGCACCACCCCCGCGCCAGCAGCACUUUGAGUUACAACGGCACCACGUCGGCCUACCCCAGCCACCCCAUGCCCUACAGCUCCGUGUUGACUCAGAACUCACUGGGCAACAACCACUCCUUUUCCACGGCCAACGGCCUGAGCGUGGACCGGCUGGUCAACGGGGAGAUCCCGUACGCCACGCACCACCUCACGGCCGCCGCGCUCGCGGCCUCGGUGCCCUGCGGCCUGUCGGUGCCCUGCUCCGGGACCUACUCCCUCAACCCUUGCUCCGUCAACCUGCUCGCGGGCCAGACCAGUUACUUUUUCCCCCACGUCCCGCACCCGUCAAUGACUUCGCAGAGCAGCACGUCCAUGAGCGCCCGGGCCGCGUCCUCCUCCACAUCUCCGCAGGCCCCCUCGACCCUGCCCUAUAACCUGCCCCCGACACCACUGCAGCUUCUGCCAGACAGAUGGAACUCUCCAACGUGAAAAUCUGUGCAGCCAUUCCAACAAGCAGGACUGCCUGGUGUUGGCCGAAGGAUGCUGAAGGAAAAGAUGUAAGGACUGGGACACUCUAACCCCAAGAUUGGAUGAAGAUUCAUUUCAGUCUGAAAUGUGUUUCAUGGCUGCAAUCGGGCAUUCCUCUGAUUUCUUGUUUCACGGGUUCGAUGGAU